AUGACGGGCCAACCUACCUUGAAUGGCGCGGCUUUUUGUGUUUUCGACGUGGUUGUUGCUCGUGGACUGCUACUCCUUGGUUCGCAUACCUUGAAUAGCGACAUCCCAUCUUCAAAGGUUGUCCCUGCACCACUCUUGCCAUAUCGUCGUCUGCGAGUUUUUAGGCGUAUUCACAUCACAGCCCUUCACCAAGCCUUCACUGACAAAGUGGGAAAAGAUUCCGCACGAACAGCCAUUGCCCUGUCCGGAGAACUUCAAGUUAUCGAGCAGGCCACAGCUCCCACAGCCCGCCUAUUCAAUAUGUGUCAGUUCAUCCAUCUGAAUGCACUGUGCGGCCACCAUCGACCGAUUGUCUUGGCCGGGCCCUUCUGCCAAGAGUUAAAGCGGCAGCUCCUGGCCAUUUACGGCCCGGUCUACGACUACUACUUGCCCGAGCUGGCGGAACCGGCUUCCAUUCCGUUCCGGAUGGACCCGGCGACCUGCGAGCCCAACGCGACCAACACGUUCGUGGUCUGGAUGUGGUGCGGCUGGGAGUGCCGCAACAGCUAUGACGCCACGGGUGCCAUCGAGAUACAGUUUGGGGGCGGCGCUUGGAAUGCACCGGUCGCUGCGCCGGUACGUGCCCUUGGUGAGCCGGGUGCUGUGUUUGGUGUUGAGAGGGUUGGUGUGGGCUGGCGGGACCAGCAGGGGCCAGCCUGGAGGGAUAUCGAAGGAAACGGCUGGUGA